AUGACGUGGCAGAUAUAUUUAGGCGAUUUAAUGAUUGAAUCGGGUGGGAGUAAAAUGACAUCAGCAGCUAUCUUCAACCACGAGGGUGUCAUUCGGGCUAAAAGCGCCAAUUUCCCCAAGUUUAAAGUUAAAGAAAUAGUUGAAAUCGUGGAAGCAUUUGAGUCACCAAGAAAACUUGUUCGAAAAGAUCUACGCAUUGGUGGCACUAGGUAUGAAGUUACACAAGUGGAAGAAGAACAUGUAAUAAACGGGAAAAAGGGCACCGGUGGAAUCGUGGUGAAGAAGACGAUUACGGCACUGCUGGUCGGGAUAUACAACGAGCCGAUGACGGGGACGGCAUGCAAUGGGAUAGUUAAGACGGUCGGUGCUUGUCUCAUUGCACAAGAUCUCUAA